AUGGAGCGAAUUAAUUAAGAAUUUUUAUUUACUUCAGCAGUAAUUCGUCGACCCUGCAAACAGCUAAUAAAUGGUCUCACAACUUAGGAUAUAGAUAAACCAGACUUUGAUGUCGCAAUAUUACAGCAUUCGGAUUAUGCUAAGACUCUAAUAGAAAGUGGAAUAAAGAAUCUUAUUGAACUAGAUGCUAGAGAAGAUUACCCAGAUUCAGUCUUUGUUGAGGAUACUGCAGUAGCAUUACCCAAUUAUUUGCUAAUAACUUAGCUUGGUGCUAUUAGCAGAAGAGGUGAGUUUACAGAGGAUAUUAGAGAAGCUUUUGGAAAAUUCUAUUCUUAAGAAAACAUUAUUGAAAUGACAGGAAAUGAAUACCUAGAUGGUGGUGAUGUUAUGAGAGCUGGAAAUACCUAUUUCAUAGGCUUAUCAACUAGGACUAAUUAAGAAGGGGCAGAUAAAUUGAUAAAGAUACUCUAGGAAAAGGAGGGAUUAAAUGGUAUUGCCCUUAAUCUUCCAGAAGGACUACAUCUUAAGACUAUAGUUACCUAUCUUGAUGAAAAUUUGCUUGUGGGAAUUAAAACAAUUGAAAACAUUCCGGAAUUUGAUAAAUAUGAAAAGAUUAUAGUAGAAGAAGAUGAGAGGCAUGGAGCAAAUAUUUUAAAUAUUAAUGGAAACAUUGUAGUACCAGGAUCCUGCCCUAAACUCCAUAAAGUUUUAUAAGAUAGAGGUUACACGAUUAAGCCAGUGAUAUGUGAUGAAUUCAGAAAGAUUGAUGGCUCUUUAACUUGCAUGUCGGUAUUGAUCUAGUGA